GUCAAAGUUGAAAAUCCAAGCCUGAUCUGAGCAAUAUUCCAGUAGCAAGGGUUGAAGAACUGUGUAACGACCAGCCAAUGGUAAGUAGAAUCAAAAGCAGCACUGUUUUAGGUUAUAAAAAGUAAAUUAAGCAGAUGUUUUCUGACAUGAAUUAAGUAACUUUCUGUUCUAAAUUUACAAGAUCUUAUUUUGUCGUAAGGUUCGCCUAAGGCCGCUGAAGUUUCUUGGUAAUCUUCAAUUAACAGGCUCUUUGAUUUCUUGGGUGCAUAUUGUUUUGAUCUCACUUUUUUCUCGCUUCCGAGAAGCUCUUGCGCCGUGUUUGUUGGUGGUGAGUACAGUAUUAUGGAAGGGUUUACUAGCAUUUGCUUGUAAAUUUUGGUUUACUACCGUUGUCUCGUUUUCCAUACAAAUACCUCCAGAGCUGCCGUUUCCAAUUGAACCUUUUGUUCUAUUUCUGAAUUGAGUCGAAUUCAUGGAUAGUGUUGGAUUGCACUCGAUUGAGUAGGAUUGUUGAUGGUUCGAUUGCCUUCACCAAUUGUAUGAGAUACCUUAGAAUUCUCUUUUUUUAAAUUAUUUUCAGAACCUAGAUCAAGUUUCAUAGUUAUUGUUUUAUAAGGUGCAAACAAAUUUUUUUAGUUGUUUUGAUCAAACAUAUGUCUGCUAUUGUACACUGCUAUCAGAAAAUAUUGAACCUCAAAUUGUCUUCUUGAUACUUCUGCGGUCAAAUUAGUUUCAGAGUUCGAAAAAAUCGCUUACCAUUCAGGUUAUACAAUAAGGAAUUCUAAAGGCGAGUUUAUUACAAUAACAAAUACGUUAGGAAUUAGGACUAAUAUCAGUGUGGUCACUUAAUAGUCGCUGUUUUCUUGCGUAGAGCAAUGACCACUUACUGUAAGGAAAACUUUCUGUGAUCAUAGGCAGCAGACAUCUCCUGUUAAAUUUGGCAUUCUUGCCUAGUUUCGUUUCAUUUUGCCUUGACAUAUAAUUUCAAACGCACAUCAUCACCACUGGAUACUCCCUCGUUAAAAUCGAAGACUAAUUUUUAUUAUCUAAUUGUACUAAGAAACCUACAGGCUCGAUCGUUAAAAAAAAGGCACAACACGCAAAAAUCCCUGGCGGUACACACACCAAGGCGUUCAUUGAGAUAUAUUCUGUCUGCUCUGUCAUCAAUAUUCUUUUGUUAUCGUUUCGUAGGUUUUUCUUGUCCACCUCUUUUCUUUUCAGUUUCAGGUAUAAGAACUCACGCUAUUUGGUUUAACCAAGAAUUGCCGAGGUAUUAAUUUUAACGCAAUUGACGACAAACUACAAUGGUGGGGGCUAAAUUUUGUUACUUGGAGGUAAGUUAGGGCAACGGGCCUAUCUGUUCUUGUAUUCUGCAAAUUCAAUUCAAGAAGUAGUCGAUGCAAGUACUUUCUCAUCUUGAGUUUGAAUUGUCAAAAGGAUAGAACUAGAAUUAAAAAAAACUACUUGAGCAUUAUGACGAUUUUUAAAAUUCCUCGCACGUUCACUUUAAAAGCCAACUCUGUUCGAGCGACUAAACAAUUUAUCUCUAGAUUCAUUGAUGAAAAAAAGUAUCCGUGGAAAUUUUGACACCUAUAACCUAGAAGUACAGCUUUAAUUAGAUUUCAGUUUUUCGCAAAAUAAGGGCUCUUUCAAUCUCUGCUGGACAGCUAACAUAGAAAGCAGUAUUUUAAGUAAAUCGUAGAGCGUUCAAAAAGUGAGAAAUUACUACUGUUAAAGUAAUUUUGAAAUUUGGGCUGCAGAUCUUUAAAAAUCAUUGCUUUAUCUUCAUCCGUGCUGGAUGAAGACAAAACUUAAAACUUUUGAAAAGAAAUGUUCUAUUUAAGAAAUUCACUUAACGGAUAUUUGUUCUUUAUUGCAGUGAUAUGACUUGUAGGUAACAGUACAUGCGCCGACGUUUUCCACGAUUGAAGUAAAAUUUUUAAGCUCGUUUUUGUUUCCUUUUGCCUUUGACAGCUGCUUGUUUUUAUGGUGCUCUUGCCGGGCGUUUCGUGUUCCCCGAUGCUCAGGUGUCACCCAGCCAACCUUAUCGAGUAUAGAAUGACCAUAGAGUCGAUGACACGUCAACAUAAAGCCAAAAGAUUCUUGUUAAUGACUGAAAACUUUAGCGGUGAAUUCAAUCUGUCCUUCACGGGGGGUGACAGAGCACCGGGGACAGGUGAGAUAACUAAUAUUUACAGUAAAUUGACCAUACACAAAGGAGUUAUGUUAUGGUUUGAGAAUCUUAAAAACUUCAUCCAAAACUUUUCAAGUGAACAGACGUUUAAAUUCCUCCUCAAUAAAUGCCAUAUUGUAUCGGCCUUGUUCUUUCUAUCUUCCUCGUUGCCUUUUAAUGUUUAACUACUCCAACAAACUUAAGUUUUCUAAAUCCCCCAACGUUAAGGGCAAUUUUACAAGUCACAGAAAAUCCGAUUAAAAUAUCUUAAAUGGUCGACUAAGCGACCACAUGCAACUUCCGUAGUCAGCUACGCAGACUUUGUGCAAGUAAACUCUCAGACGUCUCCACUGUGAAUCAGCCCAGUACGGUUGCGGGUAAGAACAAAACAGAGUCACAAAAACUACAACUCAAACACAAACUUAAAACAGAAUCACAAAAUCCGCAAGACUAACACAGAACUCUACAACACAAAUACAAAACUCUACAACAAAAACACAAACUUAAAACAGAAGCACAAAAUCCGCAACACUGACACAAAACUCUACAACACAAACACAAACUUAAGUUUGUGUUUGUGUUGUGGAGUUUUGUGUUAGUGUUUACCCUGUUUUGUUCUUACCGGCCACCGUAGCCCAGCGAUUUCUAUCGCAGAUAGGCAGGUUACAGUAGCUUACAGUUCAUUUUAUCCAAAGAGGGUAUAGUGGGUUGCCAGAGUGCAUAUGUGGAAACGGAAAUAAUUUCAUAACAUAAGCUUUUACGGCGAUGAGAGCAAACCAAAAAUCUGGGCGAUUACAUAGGAAAAUGUUUUACCAGAAAUAAAUGCUCUUAGAUUCUUUUCCAGUGCAUAAAGUUGUGAUACAACUUAACCCUUUCAUUCCCAAGAUCUCUUUUAUAAUUCUCCUUACUUCCUGCCAUACAUCUGUUAUGAUGUUAGUUCGGAGAAUUUGGUAUUCGAUAAACUAUUAGUUUCCUAAUUGAUAUUUUUCUUUAUUCUCAUCACUUGUCGGCUUGAUUUUGUAUUGGUAUUAUAAGGAGAAAUUUUGCCUUGGUCAGGCAUGGGAGUUAAAGGAUUAAGAUACCAAGAUACUACUAAAAUAGAUAAUGGAAUUAAUUUCUAAGCUGAGUUAUCAGCAAUGCAGUGGCCGACAGGAAAAAAGUUUUCAAGACUACUAUUUGUGUUUGUUCAUAGAGUUUGUCUUGAGAAAAGGAUGUCCAGGUCAAAACCUGGGGUAUUCCUUCAAACCCUUCAAAAAACCGGAAUUCAUCAUAGCUGUGGAGAAUGGACAGUUGAUGGUGAAGGUAAGUCCCUGUUAUCAUUGAGAACGAUGCGUGGAAAAGGUCUUUGAUUAGGAAAGGUCCAAGUGUGACCUUAACCUCCCUUUUGUUAUGAAAUGUGUUGAUUUGUUAUGAAAAUUGCACAUCUUGUAAUAACUGUAAUUGCCAGCCAGAUGCCCGAGUGAAAUCAUCUUCGUGAAAAUUCUGCCCUAAGGAUAUAACGGACUAGUUGUGCAAUUCGCUUCAAUUCAUUUUUCCAACAAGAAAAGGGCUUCCCCGGCAACAUCUUCAAUAGAUCUAAGUAUGGAAAAAGUAUUGCUCACAUAGAAUACGCUGGAGCAGUACUUUAUCUUAAUUUUUUUUCUCAAAUCUUGUAUUCAUCCAUUAAUGACGAUCUGUAAAUUCUACUUAGAUAAAAGUUGUCACGCCCCGAUGGCUUGGCUGUUGAUUCUUAGUUUUCAAUAUAUAUGAUCUUCACAACUACAUCACUUUAGACCCGGAGAGAGCCCUUUCAUGAAAAUAAAAAUGCAAAAUAGCGUUUUGAGGCAGUUGGUACAAAUUCUCAAACCUUGCACUUCAUUUUGCAGAAUGCAUCAACAGUGGAUCUGACAGACAAAAAAUGGAGGUUCGAUUUGAGAACGAUCUCAGUGCGAUACUUUGGCAGUGACCGAAAGUCGAAUGACAACAUGAUUUAUCACGCACUGGCGUCUUUAUCUACACCUCGAGCGGUGAUUAAAAGUAAAAGGUCUGGAAAAGUGUACCUUGAUAACAAAAACAACUUGAAACCUUGUCGCGCAUGGUUAAAAAUAAACAUCAUAUGAAUGGUGCCUUCACUAAGCCAUGUUCAAUUUGAUAUCUUUUGUUACCCCACGUGUAGAAAUUAUUGCAGCAGUUCAGUUUAAAGUAGUGGGAUGUUGAGGGCCUAAAUGUAAUAACCGUCCUAAUUGUUAUAAAGUCCUUAAUGUAAUAAAAUUUGGUCCUAAUUGUAAUGACAUUUAGUCCAAAAUAUAAUAAGCCUCC